AUGUUGUCUAAUGUGUUUAUUUGGCUUUUAAUUCAUCAAAUUCCUGAAAUAUGUUUGAAGCUUCGCGUGUGGGAUCGUGACGCUCCCGUAGCACUUCAUUUCCUCAAUGAGGACGAUCUCAUGGGUCUAACGUUAUCUGCAGGGGAUGGACGAUUUCAACUGGAUGGAUGUGGUGCGGAUUUAGACUGGAUUCCUGGUCUGCCGAAUAAGCCCGAGCCGUACGUAAAGGUAUUGACAUAA